AUGUCAAAGAGAACCUAUAAUUUUCGUUCAUCAACAUCAUCAUCUGGUAAAUCUAAACAGUUUGAUGUUAACAGUGUUUUGGAUAGAACUCCUCUGUCAAACAUUUCGAAUGUUAUUGAUACCGGUGAAAGGCGAAGAAUCCGAAAAAGAAUACUUGAGAGUAAGAGGGCGAAGAAUAGAACUUCUUCUUCAAAUGUUGGUGUGACGUUACGUGAUAAAGAAAACUCAUCUCACGUAUCUAAUGUUACAAAUCAGUUAGAUAUGACAAUCCCUUUUCAGAGAAGUGUAGAUGCUACGCUAUCUUCAUAUAUUAAUAGUAAUGAUAAUUUGCAAAACAACGAUGUAUCCUUAUGUACCCCUGGUGUAUAUUCGAUUAAGUCAAAUAUCUUGACAUAUACGAAUUCGACUUCAACAUCUAACAGAACAUCACUUAAGUACAUAGAUCAUGGUGAUCAAGUUGUUAUAUGUGAUAUUUGUUAUGCCAAGUUAUGGACUUCCGAAGGUGGAAAAGGUCGAUUGACAUUGGGCAAGUUAUGUUAUGGUUUAUGUUGUGGAUAUGGGAAAGUUGAGCUACCACAUUUAAAGGAGGCAAAUCCGUCGUAUCAAAAUUUGUUCCACAUGUCCGAUCAAAGAAGCAAGUUCUUCUUAAAGAAUAUCCGACGAUAUAAUUGUAUGUUCUCUUUUACAUCAAUGGGUGGAAAGGUUGAUUCCAAAAUAAACAAGGGAAAUGCUCCUUUCAUAUACCAAAUUAGUGGUCAAAAUUUUCAUAGCUUAGGUAGUCCAAAACCAGCUAAUGGCAAGCAAGCUAAGUUUUCUCAACUAUACAUAUACGAUACUGAGAACGAGGUAUAUAACAGACAAAGUGUAUUGGGGCAACAUGUAACUUCACAUGAACAGGAGUUGGACGUCGAAAUAAUUGAAUACCUUAAAGAUUUUUUAGAUUCCCAUAAUGAGUUGGUUAAAUCUUACAGAAUGGUACGAAACCAUUUUCAACAAAAUCCUGAAGCAAACCUUAAGCUCCGACUUAUUUACAACAGAGACAAAGAUGGAAGAACUUAUAAUCUGCCAUCCUCGACUGAAGUAGCUGCUUUGAUUGUCGACGAUUUAGAUGCUUCUGUUGAUCGUCGUGACAUUGUUGUUGAAACUCAAUCUGGUAUGCUUAAACGUAUUAGUGAGUUACAUCCAUCCUACCUUGCUCUUCAAUAUCCUAUUUUUUUCCCGUUUGGUGAUGAUGGAUAUAGAAUCGAUAUUCCUCAUAGGGAUGGUGUAACAACCAAGAAAACAAUACGACCAAAAUGUACAAUGCGGGAAUUCUUUGCAUAUCGAAUACAGGAUCACAUUAGUGGUUAUUCUUUGGUUUUAAACGGAAGAAGACUGUUCCAACAGUUUUUGGUUGACGCUUACACUAUGAUUGAAAGCGAAAGGUUAAAUUUCAUACGUGGUAAGCAGAAGAAUCUACGAUCUGAGACAUUUGAAAAUUUACAAAAGUAUAAGCACACAGGUCAAGAAAAUUUAUCGAACACCGGUCAAAAGGUCAUUCUGCCUUCUUCCUUUACUGGAGGGGCUCGGUUCAUGCAACAAAACUACCUUGAUGCUAUGGCUUUAUGUAAAUGGUUUGGAUACUCAGAGUUUUUCAUAACCAUUACAUGCAAUCCUAAAUGGCCUGAAAUUUCAAGAUUUCUUAAAGAUACUUCAAUUAAACCAGAAGACAGGCCAGAUAUACUAUGUUGA